AUGUCACUUUUUCACAUUGUCCUUGUUAGCUUUAAACCGGAAGUCAGCCAGGAAGUUAUUAAGGAUGCACUUACGCGGAAUAUGGCCUUGAAGGACAUCUGCCUCCAUCCGACAACGCAGAAACCGUACAUCAGAUCCAUGACCAGUGGAGUAGAUAACUCGACCGUCGGGUUACAGCAUGGGAUGACGCACGCCUUUGUCGUUGAACUCGCAAACGCUGAGGACCGAGACUACUUCACGAAAGAAGACCCAGUACACAAAGCUUACGGUCAGAGUGUUGCUAGUUAUCUUGAUAAAGUCUUGGUGUUUGAUUUUGUCGAUGGAGAAUUUUGCAAAUAA